CGCCAGCCACCAUGAGAGCACGGCUGUACGUAUGUUUCUCGUCGCCAGCUUCUUCUCGAACCUUCCACCGGCUUCUCGCCUUGUUUCUCUUCCAGAGAUUUCCAUCACUCUCUCCAUGUCUUCUCCUUCCCCUCCCCUUCCCUUCCCUCAAAUCCAUCAGACCAACCAUUCGCCAUCACCACCGCUAAGUAAGUAGUAGAAGAAAAGCAGGAGGAGUCGCAGAGCGGAAGAGAAAGCUAAGAGAUGGGAGUGGACUACUAUAAAAUCCUCCAAGUCGACAAGAACGCGAAAGACGAAGACCUCAAGAAGGCGUACCGCAAGCUCGCCAUGCGAUGGCACCCCGACAAGAACCCCAACAACAAGAAGGAAGCAGAGACCAAAUUCAAACAGAUCUCCGAGGCCUACGAGGUUUUGAGUGACCCUCAGAAGCGCGCCAUCUACGAUGAGUACGGAGAGGAGGGGCUCAAGGGGCAGGCCCCGCCCCCGGGGGCCGGCGGAACCUCUUUCUUUCCCGGCAGCGGGGAAGGGCCCACAGUGUUCCGCUUCAACCCGAGGAAUGAAAACGACAUUUUCGCCGAGUUCUUCGGGUUCUCGAGCCCGUUCGGGAGCAUGGGUGGCGGCGGAAACGGCGGGAUGAGGGGUGGUACCAGGUUCUCGAGCUCGAUGUUCGGGGAUGACUUCUUUGGGUCGACGUUUGGUCGCGGGGAGGGGCCGAUGGAUUCCCGUCAGCCGCGGAAGGCGGCGCCGAUCGAGAAUUUGUUGCCAUGCAGCCUCGAGGAUUUGUACAAAGGCACCACGAAGAAGAUGAAGAUCUCCAGGGAGAUUGCGGAUAUGAGUGGCAAAACAAUGCCAGUGGAGGAAAUCCUAAGCAUUGAUAUAAAGCCUGGUUGGAAGAAGGGAACAAAGAUCACAUUCCCAGAGAAAGGAAAUGAACAGCCCAAUGUCAUUCCUGCGGAUAUUGUUUUCAUCAUCGAUGAGAAGCCACAUCCUGUCUUCACAAGGGAAGGGAACGAUCUGGUUGUGACAAAGAAAAUCUCUCUUGUUGAAGCUCUGACUGGCUAUACUGUCCAUUUGAUGACAUUGGAUGGUCGCAGCCUGACCAUACCCAUAAAUUCUGUGAUUCAUCCCAGCUAUGAGGAGAUUGUUCCUAGGGAGGGCAUGCCGAUACCGAAGGAUCCAUCCAGGAAAGGAUACCUUAGAAUCAAGUUUGACAUCAAGUUCCCGACAAGGCUUACUUCUGAGCAGAAAGCUGGGAUUACAAGACUGCUCAGUCCUUAAGCCCGAAACUGCUGGAGGGAAGUUUGUGAAUAUUUUUAGUUGAGGGUUUGCUUGAGGGGACUGAUGUAUUGUUUAAUGACCUGAUUAGGCAUUUGCAAUGAGCUUAAUCUGAUAGCUGAGAUGUAUCAUUUUUCGGUUAUAGACGGAAAAGAAGAUGUUGAGAAAUAUAAAUCUCAUAUUGUUGCCUGAGAUUUCUUCUGGUGGUGCUGCAUAUUGUUCAACAAACGCUCAAGAAAAACAACGGUCCAGACUAUAUCUUGGAUCAAGAUUCAGGUUAACGCUGAGGUUUUCAAGGGAGUUAUUAUUUAUAUAUGUAUACAUAACCACUACUUUGGGAUGAUAUGUGGUGAUGUUUGACUGAUGUCGAGCUUCAAUUCAAGAAUUUAUGAUUGCAUACCACAAAAGGUCUUGAAGAAUUUAAAUCUAUUGUAUUUAUACCCGCUUCAGCUGAUGUGUGGGUGCAUCAAUAUCACCAAAAAAAAAGAAAGAAAGAAUUUAAGUCUAUUUUAUUCUCAUGCAUCAAAUGAAUUUUCUGUCUUUCAGCUAGACAUGUUUUUAGUGCAUCUUGCAAUCCAGCUUCAAUUUUUUCCUGGCUGACUGAUUCCAAUCACUGGCACAAAGCUGAUCUAACGGAAAUUAAAUGGCCUAUGGCUAUCUUUUACACAAUGAAAAAGAAGAGAAACAAGGUGGUGGACUUGUUGCGUGUUUUCGGAAGUAUUGUAGAUGGUAAGUGGUCUUGUCCUAUGUCUCUCUACGACUUGUCAUGUGGCUUGCUAACUGGCUUCGUCUCUUCCCGUUUCUGGAGAUGCUUAGGUAAUGGUAGUGAUCAAAGUUUAGAAUAAAAAUGUUCGACCUCCUUAAUUGACCCCACCGGUUCUCAGAUAUUUGGAAUCUUUGUCUCAUCAUUCUUCUUCCUAAGAAAGGAUCAUUGACGAUAGGCUACACAAGAG